UUUUCAAAAUCAUGAAAAAUUCUAAUUCUAUCUUAAUUCUUGUUCUUGGCGUUUUGAUAAUUGGUAAUUUCUCCUCUGCUGCUAAUAAUCGUUUAAAAUGGAGAAGAGCCGUUUGCGAUGGAUUUACUCAAAAUUGUGGUACCAUUUGUUGUGGUAUGGGCCAAACUUGUUGCGAUACUACUUGUUGUGGUCCAACAGAAGAAUGCUGUGGCAGCGUUUGCUGUGGUUCGACCGAAACUUGCUGCGGCGGCAUAUGCUGUUCAAUGUUCCAAGAGUGCGGUCCUAAAUUUAUAUGUCAAUGAAAGUUUUUUAUUAGAUUUGAAACGAAAUCUGUGAUGAAUAUAUUAUGUGUAUUAUGUAUGCAAUACAAAUUGAAUUAAUAUAUCGUAGUAAUGAAUUGCCGUAUUUCAUAAAUACGUGUGUAAUUUUUAAUCAAAAGUGAAUGUGUUUAGAAAUAAAGAAAUAUUUUUUUAUGGGGUUUUUAUCACUAUGAUAAAUCGCGUCAGGUAAUUUCGAAACUUGCUAUGGUAAUCAAUGCUGUUCAGGCAU